GAGACGCUGCUUUUUCUUCAAACACUUAGUGUUUGUAGCAAACAAGACAUUCGAAAAAUACAUUGCUGUUUGACAAACCAAAGUUUAUUACGUCGUCAAACAAAUACAUUUUAAAUAAGACAUCAAAAUCUGUGUUCGCGCCAAUUAUUGCAAAUUCUUUAUUUGAUCUUCUGUCAUUUUACAUACAUAUAUUUUGAGUUUGUAACAAACGCUCUACGAACGUGUUUAGUUGGAAAAUUGUUUCACUAGAAUUUUCAUUGAUUUAAAAAAACUUGAAUGAAAAGCAUUUAGAAAUGCCACCAAAACGUAAAGGAGGUGCAGUAAAGGCAUCAGCUGCCAAAAAGACCAAAACAACUGAAGAAUCUACAAAAUUAAAGCAAGACCAACCAGUUCUCUAUAUCGAAUGUUGUCGCUCCUGAUCGGUAUUCAAAAGGCGGGCAGAAGCAUUGCACCGCGACAUAACCACCUUAUUGUUACCUCUUAAAUCAGAUUUAGAAUUACAACUAGCCAUUAAUGCCGAUGGUCCACCGCGUCGAGGAUCUUUUGAAGUAUCAAUUGCAAAUGUCCCAUCCGAAAAUGUUGAGGAACGUUCUUUAAUAUGGACGGGUUUGAAAAAUACCCCAAGAGCCGCUAAAUUCCCUUCAGCCGAAAAUAUUGCUAAAGAACUUAAAGUUUUUUUGAAACUGGUGGAAGAGGAUCAAUUGAAAAAGAAAGAAGAUAAGUCUCCGACAACUUUAAUUAGUAAAGAUGUUGAUGAGUCUAAGGAGAAUUCAGUUGAGGCUUCACCGAUUAAAAAAGCCAAACGCGGUAGACCUAAGAAGAAGUAAAUUUGUCUAUUUUAGAUUUUUUCUGUUUAUUGAUCUUUUCAUUUUAUAACUCUUAUGACUUUAGUAGUGGUAAACCCUGUAUUAAGGAGCCCUACUGAACGAUAACUUUUUAGUUUGAUGUUAAGAUAGAUGGACUUUAAAAACAUGAAUUAGACAAAUUAAUUUGCUAAUAUUUGUUAAAUAAAAUAUUUGUUUAUAAAAAAAGAUGA